UUUUUUUUUUCUUUUUCAGGUCCACCUUUCCCUCAUCCUCCCCCAACAUCUCAUUCACAUUUCAGACCAUGGCACAACAGUCCUCCUAUGGGGCAAUCCCCACUGAAGACCCUGAGCAAAAUGUCGCGCCUGCCAACAACCAUGAGGACAACAAUGAUGAUGCAGCCUCAAACUACAGGAGGACGCGUCUCGAGGUUGGGGAGGUCAUCGAGUCCAAACGGGCUCAUGUCUUGAUCGUUUCCCUCACCAUCCUUGACAUCAUCCUGGUCAUCCUUCAGAUUGCUGCCACAUUGUUGGGACUGGACAAUAGUAAAGAUGCUCAUCAGGUCCUCGAGAUCUUUGCCCAUAUAUCCUUGGGGAUCGUGACCUUCUUUGUGGUUGAAAUCUUGCUCAAGGUCUUUGCUUUUGGUCUGGAUUACUUUUGGAUCAACAGUCCGUUCGGUCUGUUGCAUCUGGCGGAUGCCAUUAUUAUCUUCAUCUCCUUCUUCCUCGAGGUCUUCUUGACGGGUGCAGAACAAGAAUUGGGAGCGCUGUUGAUCAUCUUCCGUCUCUGGCGUAUUGUCAAGCUCACGGGUGCGGUGGCGAUCGAGACUGCAGAGCACAGUCAGGCUCGAAUCGUUCAAUUGGAAAGCCAAAUCAAGGAACUAGAACGCGAAAACCAGCGUCUUCGCGCCAACACAAUUGACCAAGUUUGAGAGAGGU